AUGCCUGCAUACCACUCCAUUUUCCUGGAGGACCGCGAUGUCCCCGUGAUAGGGAACUUCCCUAUCCUGCCCCUGCGCACUCGCACUCGGGGUCCCGCAUACACCCUACCCCCGCUGCCCCCUAAUACCCUCGACAUCGACGUUGCCCCCGACAGCGAGUCCUACGAUUGCGUCGACGAGAUCCUCUCCCUCUUCCGUGCCAAUGUACUCUUCCGAAACUUCGAGAUCAACGGCCCCGCCGACCGCAUGCUUAUCUACGGAACUCUGUUCGUCAGCGAAUGCCUCGGGAAGGUCAGGCCGACGAUGAGUGCUCGCGAUGCGGAGAAGGCUCUGAUUAACGCUGCGCUCGAAAAUUUCGCCAUUCCCGGUGAUGUGUCAUUCCCUCUCAACCAGGCCUUUGAGCCUCCACGCGACCGCCAGGAUGCGGAGAGUCUUCGGGCAUACAUUUCGCAAGUGCGGCAAGAGACCGCCGUGCGGCUACACGCUAGAUUAUACCCCGGUGGAGAAGGCCCGUCCAAGUUCUGGCUUAGCUUUACCAAGAGAAAGUUCAUGGGAAAGAGCCUGUAA